AUGGCGAAGCCCAGCGAUGAGCUCAUCAGCCAAACGGUGUUCAAGACUGUCCAAAAAGCAGCAGGCAAAUUAGAUCAGGGUCGGCUGUUCUCAAUCAUUGAGACAGCUGGAGGAGUUCUCAGCCCAGGGCCUUCCGGCACCCCACAAGCGGAUAUCUUCCGACCACUACGACUUCCUGCGGUACUUGUAGGCGACCAUCGAUUAGGUGGCAUCGCCUCUACUAUAUCAGCUGCGGAAUCCCUGAUCAUGCGAGGAUAUGAUAUCGAUGCUGUUGUGUGUUUCGACGAUAAGAGCGAAUAUGAGAACGCGGAUUACCUGAAGAAGUAUUUCAUGGAUAUGGGUAUACCAGCUUACAAACUACAAUGGAUUCCGAACCUUCAGGGCGUUGAACCAGGCACGAAGAAAGAGACGGAAAUAAUGCGAAAUUACUACGAUACGCAAAUCGAUAGUACGAUAGUAGGAACGCUUGCUGAGGAGCUGAUUCAUCGCCACGACCAACGACUCAGCCGUCUUGGAUCUAUGCCGUAUGAAACAGAGGACAAGAUUUGGCAUCCUUUCACACAACACAAGCAUGUAAAGAACGCGAACGACAUACUCGUAAUCGAUUCGGCAUAUGGCGACUUCUUCCAGGUCAAGCACAAGGGCAAUGAAGAGGUGCCUCAUCCUGAGAACCAGACCUUGUACCCAGCAUUUGACGGCUCCGCAUCAUGGUGGACACAAGGACUUGGACACGGCAAUCCGCGAUUAGCACUGGAAGCAGCAUACGCAGCAGGACGCUAUGGUCAUGUCAUGUUCGCCGGCGCCACACACGAACCAGCUCUCACUCUAGCGGAGAAGAUACUUUCGGGCUCGCCACGUGGGACUCGUUUGAGAAAAGUGUUCUACACAGACAACGGAAGCACGGCGACAGAAGUCGGUAUAAAGAUGGCGCUGCGGGCUUCCAGCAAGCGCUAUGGCUGGGAUAGCGCAAAAGAGGCCGUUGGUGUCCUUGGACUCAAAGGCAGCUACCACGGAGACACGAUCGGGGCGAUGGAUGCCUCCGAACCUUGUGUCUUCAACGAGAAAGUCGACUGGUAUCGUGGUCGCGGCUUCUGGUUUGACUACCCGACCUUCAAGCUCAAGAAUGGCAAAUGGGUGGUUGAACCACCCAAGGGCAUGGAAGAAGAAUUGGGUCCAGCUCAGAACUUUGAGAGUCAAGACGGCAUAUUCGACUUCGCUACCAGGGGUAGAUCGGCGCAGUACGAGGCCUACAUAGAGAAAACACUAGACGAGUUGGUCAAGAAGCAAGGCAAGAAGUUCGGUGCCUUGGUACUAGAGCCUGUCGUCCUCGGAGCCGGAGGUAUGCUGUUUGUGGACCCACUCUUCCAGCAGAGCUUAGUACGCGUCGUCCGUCAUUACGACUUUGCAAACGGCUCCAGGGUUACGGAAUCUCCGAAGGACGAGAAUGCUUGGUCUGGUCUUCCCGUCAUGUUUGACGAGGUGUUCACUGGUUUGUACCGUCUGGGACGCUUCUCUGCCGCCUCAUUCCUUGACAUCCAUCCCGAUAUCAGUGUAAAUGCGAAGCUACUUACGGGAGGUCUACUACCGCUUUCGAUCACCAGCGCAAGCCAGUCCAUUUUCGAGGCUUUCUUGGGCGACGAGAAAUCGGAAGCUCUCUUGCAUGGACACAGCUAUACCGCUCAUGCAGUCGGGUGCCACGUUGCAAACACAAGUCUGGAUAUCAUGGAGAAAUUGAACUUGGGUCAUGAGCGGAACUUGGAUUUGAGCUCAUGUGAGAGCAAGUCCAAGAUGGAAAGCCGUGGCAGCGGCAACCGUGUGUGGAGCAUGUGGUCCGGUUCUUUCGUGGAGAACGUAUCAAAUCACCAGAGGGUUGAGUAUGUGAAUGCUCUGGGCUCUGUUCUCGCCGUGUCGCUCGUUGAUGAAGCCGGCUCUGGUAUGUCGAUCUUUUCUCCUCUAUAUUUCUUAUCUAAUGCGACUUAG